AUGAAUUAAUUUAUCAAUAACAACACUUUUUUAUAUAAUUCUGAUAAUUCUUUCACUUUUACUCCAACUUAACUUCGAGAAGUAAGUACAGAAAUAUUGUAAAAACCAUCAAAAAAUAGAAAUCAUAAUGAUGUUAAGGUAUAUAACAAAUUUUCUAAUUAUUUCAAUAGAUUCUAUAAUUAGCCACAUAAAACAUUAAGUUUUUUUAAGAGAUUUUAUAAGAGGAGGGAAUUUCAGUUUUGCAUAAAUGUUUAUAAAGAAUUCAACUUGAAAUUUAUCCAGAAGUAAUUUUAUAGAUUUAUUCUUCUAGAGUACUAUUGUUUUUGAGAAAGGUGAUAAAGGCAAAGAUUUUUAUAUAAUUUUAUAAGGAAGUGUGGGAAUAUACAUAUAUUCAAAUAAUAUAGAAUUGCAUCAACAAAACAAAUUGCCGAUUCGUUAAGCAAUUAAGGAAUAAGUAAAUUAACUUAUUGAAUAGGGGAUGCGUCCUAAAAAAGAAUAUCCCCUUGAAAUAAGGAAAAUCCUUUUAAAUGAAAAAAUCAAGAAGUAUAAUUUUUUUAAAUUAAGGUUGUUCAAAGUUAAUGAGUUGCAUGAAGGAGAUGCAUUUGGAGAAAGAGCAUUAAUAAAUGAGGCUGCUCGUUUAGCAACUGUAGUUUGUGAAACUGAAUGUUUUUUAGGAGUUUUAAACAAAUAAGAUUAUAAAGAAAUAUUGUAACAAGCAUAGAGUGAAAAAAUUUAGUAGUAAAUUACAGAAUUGUAAUCAAUAUGUGGGUUCUAAGGAAUGUCAAGGAAGUUAUUGACAAUUCUAUUAUAUGCCUUUUAAAGUUAAGAAUAUAGAUAUAGAGAUAUCAUAUAUAAAUAAGGAUCGACGAAUAAAUUUGAGAUAUAUCUAAUUUUGAAUGGAGAGUUUAUUAUUACUCAAGAUUAGAAAGUAACUAUGUACAAUCCUUUAAGAAUAAAUUAUUAAGGUGUCAAAUAAAUAGCCAUUUUAUAGAAAGGUUCAAUAUUCGGAGAUAAAGAAUCAUUUCAAAAACUUGAAUUUAGAACUUAGACUAUUACUUGUAAUAGUGAAUAUGGCAAGGUUCUCUGUAUUCAAUUGGAUUGUCUAUAAUAAAGAUUAUAAGUAAAGCUUAUAUCAAUAAUUUUAGGCAAAUAAUGAAUUACAUUUGAUAAAUGAAUUGAAAUCAUAAUGUGAAAUUAAAGAAUAAACAAGAGAAAAGAGAACAUCCCUUAAACUUGAAUCCCCAAAAAGGUCAAAAAGUUUUAUGAUUUAAUCAUCACCAAACCAAAAAAUAGAUUAUAUUGUAUAAUAGAAGAAAUAGAUAUUUAAAUAAUUAAACAAAAAUCUCAAAUCAAAAAUUUAGUUUAUUUUUGACAUUACUUAACCAAGAACUAAAACCCCUUUAUCAGAAAAUACAGCAAAAUCUAUUAGAAAAAGAUCUGCUAUUGAUAGAAUCUAUUUAAAUACUAGAGAUAACUCACGAAUGUAAAAAAGACAAUCUUUAGAUUUAAAAACCUAGCCUUAAUACAGAUAAUUUGAAAAAAAAAGAUUCUCAUUCAUGUGA